AUGGAUAUUAAUAAAUUUAAUUCUAACACACCAGUAAAAAAUGAUAAAAUAAAAAAUGAAUACAAUCAAUACAAAGAAUAUAAUGCUAAAAGUAGAAAAAAUUACGAUGCAAGUGAACAUAUCCACAAUAAUGUAAACAUAUCUUAUAACAAUUUAGUUAAUAUAUGUAAUAUUCAUAAUGUGGAAAAUGCCUCUAAAAAUAUGAGUGUAAAUAAUUUUCGGAAGGAUAUACAUAAUGUAAUGCAUGUUAGUAGUGUAAGUAAAACUCAAAUUAAUACAACCAACCAUAUAAAUAACAUAAAUAAUAUGGAAAAAAUAUAUGAUGUAAAUAACAUAAAUGACCCAAAAAAUAAUGAACAUAAUCAAAAAAGUCGCAUAUCUGAUAUUGUUCCUAAAUACUUUAAUAAUGAUAGUUUAUUAAAUGAUGAAGAUGCUUUUAAUCAUUCUAGUAAAAACAACAGAAAAAUAUAUAUUCAAAACGUACAUAAUAAAUUCUAUAAUAAAAAAAAAUCGGAAAAUUUUAAUUGUUCAAAUAAUAUACAGGGAAAUAAAAAAUAUACUGAACAAGACUACAUUUUUGUUAAUAAAAUUCAAACUGAUAAUAGUGAGGGGAGUUGCAUUAAUUCAAAAUUAAACAAUAAAUUUGAUAAUUUAAAUAGUUAUACUAAUACUAGAGGUUCCAUUUUAGAAAUAAAAAAUGAAAAUAAUGCAUAUAUGAACAAUUUAUGUAAAAAUAGUGAGCAUAAAAUGGAAGAAAAUGAAGUUUACAUUUCAGGGAAUAGUAGUAAAAAUGAGAAAUUGUGUUUGAGAAAAUUUUCUACUUUAAAUGAAAUUCAGAAGUCGGAUUAUAUUUCUGAAAAGGAUAAUUAUAAUUUUAAUAUAAACAAAAAUAAAUAUGACAGUGAUAAUACUAUUGCAAAUAAUAAAUAUGAAUCGAAAGAAAAUGUAGAAAAAUACAUUGAUGAUAAAAUCAGCUCUUAUCAUAAUGUACAUUAUAGUAAGUUACAGGAAUUAAGAAAUAUGAAUAAUGAAUUAAAUUGUAAAAUUAAAAUUGAUACUUGGAUUAAUAAGGAAAAUGAUAAAUAUGUAUAUUUUAAUUCUAUUAAUAGUAACUUUAAAGACAUUACAAAUAUUAAAAUUACUGAUAAAAAAAGAAAAAAUUUAACUGAAAGUAGUUUAAAUAAUAAUAAUAAAAAUUAUAAGGUUAACAUUUUUAAUAAUACUAUUAAUUGUAACAUUUUAACGCACGAACAAAAAUACACGGAACAUAAAAAUGAUAAUUAUUCACAUUUUAUAAAAAAUGAGAAUAUUAAAGAGCAAGAGGGCGUUAAAUGUGAAAAAGGGGAAAAUGCUAAAUUAAAAGAUAAUGAACAAAUUAUAAAUUGUACAAUCAUUGAAAAAAAUGAAAAAAACAAUAUAACAUAUAAAAAAAUGGAAAAAAAGGAAAACAGAAAUGAUGAAAAAAACCGUGAAAAUUGUAUUAAAAGUGGAGAAAUACUGUUGAAGCAUGGUGAAAAGGCGAUAAAUGAAAAUGAAAAAUUUUCUAAUAUUCGUAAUUGCUUUGUGAGAAAUAAAAAUAAGACUAUUAAAAAUAACAAAAAUAUUUGCAAUUAUGAAGUUAAAAAUAAUGAAAAUAUAAUUAAAUGUGAAGUAAACUUAAUUAAUGGAAAUAAAAAUGUAAGUAAAAGAAUUGAAAAUUUAAGUCUUGAUCAUAAAAUUGUGUUCAAUAAUUAUCAAGAUAAUAAAAUAUAUAAUAGCUAUACAACCUAUAAUGAUCAUAAUACAAAUAAUAUGAACAUGUGCAUAAAUAAUGCCUAUACAAACAUUAAACAAGAAGAUGAAAAAAAGGUUGGUUGCAAUGAAAGUCAAUUUUUCGAGAAUUAUAAUAUAAAAGAUUUGUGUGAAUAUACAGCAAGUAGAGAUAAAGAAAAAAAUCAAUUAAUUGAAAAUAUAUACUAUGAUAGUAAAAAUGUAUUUGUAAAAAAUAAAGAAAAUUUAACGGCUCAUAAAAAUGGUAAAAAUAAAAAUAGCUGUUAUAUGAACGAUAAUAAUUUUAUGAAUAUUUUAAAAAAAAAUAACAAUGAAAAUUUUAAUUUCUCAAAAAGUGAAAAAAAAAAUUAUCAAAAAGGUUCACUUAAUUAUUAUGAAAAUGAGUCCCAAAAUUAUCUUAGUCAAAACAAAAUGAUUUGUGAAAUUGAAAAAUCAGUUAACACAAAUAAUAUAAUUAAUUACAAUUAUGAUAAAAAAAUAAAAAAUGAAGAAAAAAAAGAAUUUAAAAAUAUCAUUCAAAAAUCAAAUAUAUGCGAUGAAAAAAAUAACACAGAAAGGGAUAUAUUAAAAAAUUCAAGGGAAUAUAGCCAAAUUUCAUCAAAUAUGUUAAAUGAUGCCCAUAUAAAUAAAAAAAUAAAGAUAAAUUUUCAAGAUGAAAAAAAUUUUAAUAAUUCAAAUGAUUAUAUUAGAGAGUCAGUUAUAAAUAGUACUGUAAACAAGACAAAUUUGAUAUCUCAAAAAAAAAUUGAAAUAAAAAUUGAGAAAGAAACAAUUGAAGAGAAUAAUUUAUGGAAUUUUGAAAAAAACGUCUUUUUGAAAAAUAAUUUUAGUCAAGGUAAAUAUGAUACAGCAUAUUUAAACAGGAAUAACCAAAAAGUAUUAAAUUCUAAUGUUGUAGAAGAUUUUUUUGAAGUAAAAAAUUAUAAUUUUUUAUGUGAUAAGCUUAAUUUAAAACCUAAGGUAAUUUCUAAUUUUAUAAAAGUACAACAAAAUGAAUUGCAAGAAUUUUUGGAGACCUAUGAUAAAAACAAAAUUACAAACAAAAAUAGAGAAAACGAAAUUGAUGAGUUUUUAGAAAUUUAUGAUAAAAUUAGAGAUAUGAAUAGAAAUAAAGAAAAUUAUGUUAAUAAUGAACUUUUAGAAAUUUAUAAUAAAAAUAAAUGUAUAAAUAAAAAUAAAGAAAAUGAAAAAGACGAAUUUUUAGAUAUUUAUAAUAAAGCUAGAAAUAUAAAUGAAAAUAUAGAAAAUGAAGAAGAUGAAUUUUUGGAAAUUUAUGAUAAAAAUAAAUAUAUGAGUAAAAAUAAAGAAAAUGAAGAAGAUGAAUUUUUAGAAGUUUAUGAUAAAAAUAAAUAUAUAAGUAAAAAUAAAGAGAAUGAAGAAGAUAGAUUUUUAGAAGUUUAUGAUAAAAAUAAAUAUAUAAGUAAAAAUAAAGAAAAUGAAGAAGAUGAAUUUUUAGAAAUUUAUGAUAAAAAUAAAUAUAUGAGCAAAAAUAAAGAAAAUGAAGGAAAUGAAUUUUUAGAAAUUUAUGAUAAAAAUAAAUAUAUGAGUAAAAAUAAAGAAAAUGAAAAAGACGAAUUUUUAGAGAUUUUUAAUAAAAAUAAAGGUAUAAAUAAAGAAAAAGAAAACGAAGACGAGUUUUUAGAAAUUUAUAAUAAAGCUAAGAGUAUAAAUGAAAAUAUAGGAAAUGAAGAUGAAUUUUUAGAGAUUUAUUAUAAAACUAAAAAUAUGAAUAAAAAUAAAGAAAACGAAGAUGAAUUUUUAGAGAUAUGCAAUAAAAAUAAAGGUAUAAAUAAAGAUAAAGAAAAUGAAGAAGACGAAUUUUUAGAGAUAUAUGAUAAAACUAAAAAUAUUAAUAAAACUAGAGAAAAUGAUGAAUUUUUGGAAAUUUAUGAUGAAAUUAAUAAUAUAUAUAAGAACGGUGUUACAAAUAAUUCGUCAUUCAUGUACACAUCAAGAAAAAAAGAUAAAAUAAAUGAUAAAAUUUCAUGUGAAAUGAAAAAUUUAUUAUCUAAUGAUAAAAGUAACUUAUCCACAAAAAAUUUAAAUAAAGGUAACUCAAAAAAUAACUCAGAACUUAUUCAUUUUUUAGGAACAAAUGUUGAAAUAUAUGAAGAAAAUUUAAAAGAAAUGAAAAAUAAAUUAUAUGAUGAUAAGUGCGAUUCAUAUACAAAUAGUAUGAAUUCAUAUAAAGAAAAUAAAAUAGAUGAAUAUAUAGAAAUAUGUAGCAAAACUGAAAAUGUGGAUGAAAACAAAAAAAAUAAAACAGAUGAAUUUUUAGAAAUUUACGAUGAAAUCAAUAAUGUAAACAAAAACAGGAUGAUAAAUAAUUCAUCAUUUAUAUGUGAUUUAGGAAAAGAAGUUAAAAUAAAUAAGGGAAGCUUAAUGGAAACGAAAGAUAAAUUAUUUAAUGAUAAUAACGAUUCAUACACAAAAAAUGUUAAAGACAAAGGGGUACAUAGUUCAUUUACAUAUGCUUCAGGGAAAGAAGUUAAUAUAAAUAAAGAAAUUUUAAAAGAAAUGAAAGAUAAAUUAUUUAGUGAUGAUAAUGAUUCAUAUACCAAAAAUGUAAAAAAAAAUGGGAUAUAUAGUUCAUUUACAUAUGCUUCAGGAAAAGAAGUUAAUAUAAAUAAAGAUAUUUUAAAAGAAAUGAAAGAUAAAUUAUUUAGUGAUGAUAAUGAUUCAUAUACCAAAAACGCAAAAAAAAAUGGGACAUAUAGUUCAUUUACAUAUGCUUCAGGAAAAGAAGCUAAUAUAAAUAAAGAAAUUUUAAAAGAAAUGAAAGAUAAAUUAUUUAGUGAUGAUAAUGAUUCAUAUACCAAAAAUGCAAAGAAAAAUGGGGCAUAUAGUUCAUUUACAUAUGCUUCAGGGAAAGAAGUUAAUAUAAAUAAAGAGAUUUUAAAAGAAAUGAAAGAUAAAUUAUUUAGUGAUGAUAAUGAUUCAUAUACCAAAAAUGUAAAAAAAAAUGGGAUAUACAGUUCAUUUACAUAUGCUUCAGGAAAAGAAGCCAAUAUAAAUAAAGAUAUUUUAAAAGAAAUGAAAGAUAAAUUAUUUAGUGAUGAUAAUGAUUCAUACUCAAAAGAUGUAAAAAAAAUUAAUUUAAAAAACGUAUCGGAAGUUGCAUAUGUUUCAAAUAAAAAAGGAAAAAUAUAUGAGGAAUUUUUAGAAGAUCAAAAAAAGGAAGUAUCAUAUGCUGAAAAUUCAGAUAUAAAAAAUGAUAUAAAUUAUUCAGAAAAAAAAUUGUUUUUGAGUAAAAAUGGUAUGUUAGAAGUAUAUGAUAGACAAAAUUUAAAAGAACAAGAAUCAUAUGAAUCAGAAGGAUACGAUGAAAUUAUGAAAAAAGAAGUGAAUUUAUUUAAAAAUGAAAAUACCUCUACAUUAGUAGACAAUCAUUUUUCACCAAAUAGCAAAAGCAACAUAAAAGUAAGUAAUGGUUUCAGAGCUAAAAAGGAUUUUGUUAAUCCAAGGCAAAGAAAAAAAACUAACGACUUUGAAGAAAAAAAAAUAAAUAUUAGUAAUAAAAAUAAAGAAUUAAAUUUAAAUAUUAAUUUAAGAAAUCACUUAAAAUUAAUAAAAUAUAUGUAUGUCAAUUUAUCAAAAAUAAAGAAGUUAAAAAAUAAUAAGGAUUUAACAAAUACUUUAAUGUUUACUAAUGAAAAUAAAAAUCCAUAUAAAUUUAACUGGUUUGAUAAUGAUUAUUCGUACUUUUUUAAAAGUAGAGGUAAAAAUGAAUAUUAUAUGUCAGAUAUUAAUGAACUUUAUGAUUUAUUUAUAUUAAUAACGAAAGAAUUGAAAAUCUUCUGUACAUAUGAUUUCACUUGGUUUUCAAAAAAAUAUAAGUUAAUAACUAUGUCAUUAAUUCGUAAAUAUAAAAAGGAAUUAAGAAAAAAAUAUAAAUAUAUAAAAAGAGAAACAAUAAAAAAAAGUAAACAAGAUUAUUGCAGUAAUAUAAGUUAUGAGGAAUAUUAUAAGAAUUUUAUUUAUGCAUAUUUAAAUGAAAAUGAUUAUUUAAAGAAAUUACACAAUAUAAGUGAUAUUGUUCUGCAAAAUACCCAAGAAAAAAUUAUAAGUACUAAUAAUAAGUCAGGAAAAAGUAAGAAAGAUAACAUUUAUGAAAGUGAUAAAUUUAAAUUUCAAGAAGAUGAACAAACAAGUUUAUCUAAUAACGAAAGUAAACUUUUAAAUAAAUCUCAAAAAUGUGAUAAAAUAAUGUAUGAUGAUAGCAAGAAUGAUAUAUAUGGAUCUCCUGGUAUAUAUGAAUUGGAUAAAUAUGAAGAAAAUAAGUUAAAUUAUAAAAAGAUGAAGAAGUUCAAUCGUACAGUUAUGAUAAUUAAAAGUAUUGAUGAAACUGAGCCUCCUUCACCAUUUGAAUUUAUAUAUAAAUUAUUAAAAAGAUAUAUUGAAGAAAAAAAAAAUAAAAAAUGUAUUUUACAGUUAAUACAAGAAAAUAUAUUAACGUAUAAAACACCAGUAAAUUUAAGAGUUGAGAAAAUUGUUAGAGAACAGGAGUUUAUUAUGAUUUUGAGUGAUAAUUUUGAUUAUAUAUAUUGUAUGAUAAAUGAUUCAUAUUUAAAAAAUUUAUUAAUUUCUAAUAAAAUUAAAGAAGGAUAUAUUUUAAGAAUUAAUUCAUUUGAUUUAUAUAACAAAAUUCAACAAGAAAAUGAACAUACAUACUUUAAAAAUGCUCAUUUUAUUUUAUCUAGUAACAAUCUAAUUGAUAUUGACAAAGAAAAUCAAUUGAAAAUUGGUAUAUCAAAAUAUAAAGCUAAAAGAAUUAGGAAUAUUCAGGAUUUUGGUAGUAAUUGUUUUUUUGUAGAUGUAAUAAUUAUUAGCAAGAGUGAUUUUUCUUAUGGAUUUUAUGAUCCAUCGAAAAAGAAAUUUUUUCUUUUAAAUAAUAAUAUUUAUGAGAAAAUUGUUUAUAAUUUAAAAAAUGAAAUUACAAAAAUACUACAUGAUGAAAAUUUUAUGGAAAAUAUGAAAUAUGUAAAAUUAAAAAAUGAUUUAAAUAUGUAUAUGGAAGCGACUCCAUUUUGCACAAUACAAGCUAUAGAUUUUGCCUCUUCAGAAAAAAUAAAAGAAACGACAAAUUUUGACGAUAAAGUACAAUAUAUAAUAAAUUCUUUAUGCCAAAUUAAAAUGUUUAAAAUUGACAAUGAAACAUAUGAGAAUUUGAGAAAAGGACGUAGAAUUCAAUUAUUUAAUGUUUUUGUGCAAAAAUCAAACAAAAAUAAUAAAUUUAGUCCAUAUUUCGAUGAAAAUGUACUAGAUGAUCUUGUUUAUAAUACAUUUCAAAAGAAAAUAAAAGACGACUAUAUGAAAAAAUCGUUAAAUCAUAAUUCUCUUCAAUCAUAUUUUUUAAAAGAAGAUGUAAAAGCAAACAGUUCUGGCAACUUUAGUGAAUAUGAUAAUUAUAUAAAAUGCUUUAAUAGCUCUAUUUUAACAAAAAAACAUUACACUCCUAUUGUGUUUCAAGCUACUCAUUCAACAUAUAUAAAUUUAGAUACAAAGUAUAAAAGUAAAUUAUUUGAAGAACUUCAAAAUGUAUUAAGUAUAGAAAAGAAUAUGGAAAUAAAGGAGAAUAAUAGUACAUGUGACGUUAAAGAAAAAAAAAACAUUUAUCCAUCUUUUAUUUAUACAAAUAUAUAUAAAAUACCAGUUUUAUCAACGAUACAUAUGAAUGUAUUCAAGAAUAGUUUAAAAUUAAAUAUGAAUAUGAGAAAUUUAUAUUUUGAUUUAAUUCAAGGAAACAUUUAUAAUAUUUCUGGUUUAAUUAUUCAUUAUACGGAUCUUGAAACUAAAGAAAUAAUAGAUCAUAAAUCUACGGAAGAAAAAAAAAAACUUUUAUAUUAUAAAAUUUUUUUGUUAACAUCAAAUGGUAAUUUAUGUUGUGUAAAUAUUUCUAUGAUUUUCCCAGAUUUUCUAGUUUCAAUUUAUAAGAAAGAUUAUGAGUGUAAAGAAAGAGAAAUGCUUAAAAAUAUGAUUCAUAUUGAGUAUGAAGAGAUAAAAGAAAAAACAAAUAUGGAACAUAAAAAGUUUAAGACAGUCAAUAAUAAUCAGUUGAAUAUUAAUAGGAAUGAUAAUAAUAACAAUAAUCAAAUAUUUAAUUAUUUAUAUAAAUAUGAAAGAAAAAAUUAUGAAGAAUAUAAUCCUAAAGAAUGGGAUUCUUCAAAAAAUUUGGAUAUUUUUAUAUUUUUCAAAAAUUUGGAAUUUAUUAAUUAUGAUGAGAAAUAUGAUAUAUUUAACUUCAGAUCUUACUAUCAUCCAAAUUUUGAUUUUUUAAAAUCUUAUUCAAACGAGUUUGGACAAAUAAAAAUGAACAUAAUGGAAUUAGUAAGAGAAAAUUAUAUUACUUUUGAAAAAAAUAAGUUUGUAAUAAAAUUACAGGGGAAUUAUAAAAUAAAUAUUGAAAAAAAUAAAAUAUCUUCUUUGUAUUUUUUAUAUUUGCUAAUUUAUUCAAAAUGUAAAUCAAUGGAAUUAACUGGGGUUUGCCUAAAAAAUAAUUAUUUAUCUAAUUUCAUGAAGAACUUACGGAAUGUAUUUGUUAAGUAA